UUGGAAGCUUCUUUAUCGGCACACCCCUCUACAGGUUUCAAAAGCCAGGGGGAAGCCCUCUUACAAGAAUGUGCCAGGUUGUGGUAGCAUCAUUCCAGAAAAGGAAUUUGGCUGUCCCCGAGGAUAGUAGUCUGCUGUAUGAGACACCUGAGAAGACCUCUGCAAUUGAAGGAAGUCGGAAGCUGGGGCAUAGUGAUGAACUGAGGUGGAAGAACUGAAAAUCUUGAUCCGCAUGUUCCCAGUUUGGGCUACUGGAAUCAUUUUUGCAGCCGUUUAUGCCCAGAUGUCAACAUUGUUUGUGGAACAAGGAACAAUGAUGGACACCACUAUUGGCUCCUUCAGCAUUCCUCCAGCUUCCCUCUCAACUUUUGACGUCAUUAGCGUCAUUUUCUGGGUCCCAGUCUAUGACAGGGUAAUCGUUCCCAUUGCAAGGAAAUUUACAGGCAAGGAAAGGGGCUUUACAGAGUUGCAAAGAAUGGGAAUUGGCCUUUUCAUUUCAAUCCUGUGCAUGUCAGCAGCAGCCGUGGUGGAGAUUGUGCGUCUGCAGCUUGCAAAAGAGCUUGACCUUGUUGAUAAACCUGUUGCUGUACCCCUCAGUAUAUUCUGGCAAAUCCCUCAGUAUUUCUUGUUGGGUGCAGCUGAGGUAUUCACCUUUGUAGGGCAGCUUGAGUUCUUCUAUGAUCAAUCUCCGGAUGCCAUGCGCAGUUUAUGCAGCGCACUCUCACUCUUGACUACUUCAUUAGGAAAUUAUUUGAGCUCCUUCAUUCUUACUGUAGUCACUUACUUAACUACGCAAGGCGGAAAGCCCGGUUGGAUUCCAAAUAACUUGAAUGAAGGUCAUCUUGAUAACUUCUUCUGGCUCUUAGCUGGACUUAGCUUGUUAAACAUGUUAGUGUACAUAGUUGCGGCCAAAAGGUACAAGCAGAAGAAGGCUACUUAAAGAUUUCCCAGACAUUUCAUCUGGAGUUGGAGCAUCUUCUGAUGUUUGUUUCUGUCACUGCUGUGGUUGUUUUUUAUGUACACUUCUUAGUUCUUCCACUAAUAGCUGGAAGCUUGUAUGCCUAGUAGGGCAAACAUUGCUUACUAGUUACUACAAUGCUUAGGUGAAAUUGUAUUCAGUUGAUGUCAACUUCCUCUGCAUGUUAAAGCUGUGUAAUAUAGUGAAGGUGGUUCAACCUUUUUAGUGUUUCAUCAAUCUGCCAUUUGCAGUGUUUGGCUA